AGUUUUUGAUGCAGUCAGAAAAAAAAACAGUCCACUGCUGAUUUAUGAUGUCCAAUGACUGCUCUCAAAACCCCUCCACCAAACAUCUCUUACAAGGAUGACCAGCCUAACUCCAUGGUGAUUUGUGUUAUUGCUGAGCUUUCCUGGUCACGCCCACCUGCUCCCCCUCCCUUUUCAGCACUUAUAACCAGCUGGUAGCCCGAAAAUAAAAGCAGAAAGCUGGAAAAAGUCCCUCAGAAGCUCCUCAAAUCAAACAAAGCAACAGUGCUACAGGAGGUGGGAGACAGGAGGUUUAUUGUGUGGAGUUUUUCAGCACAAGAGUGCAGAAGAAUAAUACACCUCUGUACUUGUGUUAUCUCACAGCCUGGUCUGCUCCCACAGCAACAGCCUCCAUCACCAGAGUGCAGGUAGGGACUCUUAGCCUGAGCCAGUCUCUGAGCCUGUCCCUGGAUAUUUCCUGUGAAAGGUACAACAAAAGCCAGCAAAAAUGGGAUGCUUUGGAUUUCUCAAAACCAUGAUGGUUGUUUUCAAUGGCAUCAUAUUUUUGGCAGGUGCUGCCAUCCUGGGUGUUGGGAUUUGGGUAAAAGUGGACAGUGGCUCCAUCCUUAGCUUUCUUGGAAAAAUUGAAGACGCACCGGAAGAGCUCAGUCAGGUGCUCAAUGUGGGCUACCUGCUGAUUGCAAUCGGUGCGCUGCUGCUGGUCAUCGGCUUUCUGGGCUGUUGUGGAGCUGUCAAAGAGAGCAAGUGCAUGCUGCUGCUGUUUUUUAUCAUAGUCCUGGUGGUCUUCAUAGCAGAAGUUGCUGGAGCAGUGGUGAUCUUGGUGUUCAGACCCUUGGCAGAUGAGUUGUUCACCAAGUUUGGCACGGCAGCAGUCAAGAACAUCAAGAAGGACUAUGGAAAAAACCCUGAUGUCACGGGGCUGUGGAAUACUACAAUGACCACUUUGAAAUGUUGUGGAUUCUACAACUCCUCAGACUUUGUGGGCUCUCCUUAUGUGGACCUCUACAAGCUUUACCCGCCACAGUGCUGUCCUGGCACAAGCAACCCAUGUAAUCAAACACUAGCUGACGCGAUGACAAUCACUGGCUGCUUCCCGAAGAUCAAGCAACUGAUUGAUGACAACACAGUUGUUAUUGUGGCGGUGGCCCUGGGAAUUGCAGUUCUGGAGAUAUGCGCCAUGGCUGUCUCCAUGAUUCUUUUCUGCAGGAUAAAGUCCAGCAGGGCCUAACUGAAAGUACAAAAGGUCAAAGAAGGAUACUUUAAAGCCCCAGAGCCUUUCUGCUUCACACACAUGCCCUUUGCGACCAUGCCUUUGCGAAUACUGCCUCAUUAUUUACAACAGUUCAUGACAGAUUUUGUGCAAUCAGAAUUUUUGAUGCAUUUGAAUCUGUCUACUAUAAAUCAUAUAUGAAUGUCCAGAUGUAUAUCUUAAGACAAGUACACUUUGUAAACCGGCUUCACACACUGUUUUCUAUUCCAGAGAACCCUUUAAAUGUAAAGCAAUGCUACUACAUGUUACAUAUGUCCAGUUAAUAAUAAAUUACAUGAUAACUGUGUUGACACUGAUAAAAAGAAAACACUGUUGAAAAUGUUGCUGUAAUGACACAGUUGUUAAAUAGCAACAGAAAUCCUACUUUAUUUGAAUGUAUGUUGUAUGAUCAUCAAUUUUGAAAUAGAAAAAUGAUUUUUAAA